UUGCGUUUAGAAUCUUCAAACGUUCAGGUGGACGAAUCUGGUGAAAAGGUACGCCCGAUACACAAACGUAGUACCCUGAUCCUGCGUGAAGUUCCAGAGGGCACCGAAAAACAAGAGAUCGAGGAUCUUUUCAGAAGUCCGAAGUGCCCGCCAAUGAUUUCUUGUGAAUAUGCUCUCAACAGUACGUGGUAUGUAAAUUUCGAUUCGGACGAAGAUGCACAGAAGGCCUACAUGUUCCUUCGACAAGAUGUGCAGACAUUCAAGGACAAACCGAUUCUCGCCCGAUUUAAAACUGCCCCCAUUCCGCGUAUGACAAAUGGUUUCACUGCUCGACCGCCGCCGCCGACUCACUCACUGACCGUUUCAUGCGCACAUUCAGCCGCUGCCGUCGCCGCCGCCGCCACGCAUGUGUUCCCCACCAGCGAAGCCUUCGUUUACUCCCCGGCACAGUUGACCGGCCAGCAGGCUGUGCAGCAAUCGGUAUCCAUGUCCGAACUUCCCGGCGAGGUUAUACCGCUCACCGCGCCCAAAGUGCUCUAUUACCCGAAUAAUGGGUGUAGCCAGUCUUCGGUAGCGGCCGCCGCUGUGCUAUCGUCGCCUUCUGCUCCUCCCUCAGGGUUUGUGGCCGCUGCGCCACCAAGUAACAUUCUGAAUGCUACCUGGUCUCCGUUUGAUCUUGGCCAAAUACUGGCUAUGAACGGAUUUCAGCCGCAAGGCACCUUCAGACCAGCCGUUGCGUUUCUGAACACACCGCCAUUCUCUCCUCUGAACGCUCAUCACUACGUUAGCGAGCGAAUGCGGAAGAACGACAGGACGGCCCCCGUUUCGGAGCCACACCGCGCCCAGUUUGCUCAUUACCGUUACGGCAACAAAAAUUCCCGUAGCGUUCUUGACGACCGCGUCUAUUUCCGGAAUAUGCAAAAUAUACAUUAUAACAAACCAAAUCGUUUGAUUGCUGGAUCGUCAACCAUGUGUAGCGGAGUCGGCAGGCACCCGUUUCGUGAUCGCUUCUCCAGCACUGACUACUGGAGCUCGAGCUCCAAGGCAGCGAAGGACAAACGGUACUGCAGUGCGAAGUUUCCAGAGAAGAAAGCCGCUGAUUCGUUCAGUUUUCAACCUUCCUGUUUUCCUCCGCUGCCAAGUUUUGAGGAUGACAAUAAUCCUGCUGCGGGUAAAGAGUCUUGCUUUUUUAAUUGCCCUCUCUACAGGUCAGGUCGUCCAAUGACCAUUUUCGUUUCAGAUCAGGAUUCGUCGUCAGAUGCGAUCAAAGUGGCACCAACUGUGAAAAAGCCACCGGCUUCUGCUUCGGAACCGUCCGCCGUAGGCCAGCAAAAGUCUAACGCUUCCGGUAACUCGACGUCCUCUGCUUCCGCUCCUUCGUCGUCGUCGUCGUCGUCGUCGUCUUCUUCUUCUUCUUCUUCUGCUACAUCGGCAAUUGCAGCGAUGGCACCGCGCGACGCAGCGAACGUUUCCGCUUUCGAGUCAGCUACGAAGCCAGGAAGUGCUAGUGUCUCUGUCAGUCACGAUACGGGUUUUAGUCAGAAAUCUGAGUAA